CGUCGUCGUCGGGCUUCGUGGCCGAACCACGGGGACCACCGGCGCGGACCACUGAGCUGAGGGCCUUACGUGCCAUGUCACGCUCCAACGGUACGUUCAGUUCUGUUCGAGCCGUUCGCGGCGACGGUAUCUUUGGUCUGUUGGUCUUUUGGUCUCGAGGACUCGCGAGCUUCUUCUUCCAGCCUUUGAUUGAUUUGUGCCUUGCGGCCCCGGGAUCACUACACCCUCAAAGGACUCAGCUGGGCGGUGUGUGUGUGUUGUGUUGUGCGUGCGUGUUAGUGUGUGUGUGUGUGUUUGUGUGGAGUUUCUAGGACGUUCUCGUCCUCGAGAGCGCGCAUUGUUCUAGUGAGUGGAUGAGAGAGUGAUCCUCGUGUGAUCACGAUCGUGCGCCUGCGCACGUGCGCCCGCACGUGUGUGUGUGUGUGUGCCCCGUGGGUGCCAGCAACAGACAGACAGACAGACAGGCAGAGGCAGAGGGGCGGUACAGCUCCGUCCACAGGCUAAAGACAUUCUCUCUCUCUCCCCAACGAACGAUCGAUCGAUCGUCAACGUCAAUCAACAAUCAAACCAAGAACCAAGUGCGCAUCAUUAUGAUCAGGUUACUGGCGAUAGUGGCCGCUGUUGCCGUGAUUGGCAGCGAAGGGCAGUUCCUGGCCUUCGACCAGCAUGCCACGGAGUGUGCACUGUACGUGAACGGGCCAGGCAAAUCGUCCGCCUUCGACUACAAUCUGAACCUGUUCCGCGGUGCGAUUGCACCGGCCGUGCAUGCGGAGGCGACGACCUGCAUCACGUACGAUGCGAUCAACCAGGCGUACCUGGACGCACGGAAGCGCAUCCGGGUGUCGCAGCCGAAGGGCGACUGGAAGACGGAGGACAUCGCGACCGUCGGUGAGCUGCUGCUCGACAUCUCGAUCCAGCUCGCCCGCACCUACGGUCUGUCGUACGAGGAGAUCGAGAAGGGUCUACCGUCGAUCGACACGUCCAAGACGCUGAUCCGCGAGGUCUGCCCGGCCUUCCUGUCCGGUGUCGAGUGCCGCCCGGGCAAGUACCGGCGCGUCGACGGGCUGUGCAACAACCUGAAGCACCCGACGUGGGGUGCGGCGAUGACACCGUUCCAGCGGCUGAUCGGUCCCCUGUACGCCGAUGGUAUCAAUGCGCCCCGCAUCUCGAUCACCGGCCACGAUCUGCCGCUGUCCCGUGUCGUCUCGCGUACCAUCCACCCGGACGAGGGUUACCACGAUCACGCCGGUACCGUGUUCGUGAUUGCGUGGGGCCAGUUCAUGGAUCACGACUUUACGCUCACCGCGACACCGCUCGAUCCGAUCAACCGGAACGACCCGGAGGAGUGCUGCAAGCGGCCACCGCACCUGAAGCACCCGUACUGCAACGAGAUCCGCGUCCCGGACGAUGACUACUUCUACCGGCUGUUCAACGUGAAGUGUAUCGACUUUGUGCGCGGUUUCCCGUCGCCCCGGCCCGGCUGCCGGCUCGGUUCGCGCCAGCAGUUCAACACCCUGACGUCCGUCAUCGAUGGGAACACGAUCUACGGUGUGAACGAGAAGUUUACGCGCAAACUGCGCACCGGCUACAAUGGGUUGCUGCGCAUGAACCCGGUGUUCGCGGAGUACGGGCUGAAGGAUCUGUUGCCGCUGAAGCUGGACAUACCGGACGAGGGUUGCACGCGCCCGAACAAGAGCAUGUUCUGCUUCGAGGCGGGCGAGAUCCGGGUGAACGAGCAGCUGGUGCUGACCUGCAUGCAUACGCUGCUCGCCCGCGAACACAACCGGAUCGCGACCGAGCUCGGCAAGAUCAAUCCGCACUGGGACGACGAGACGCUGUUCCAGGAGGCGCGCCGGAUCAACAUCGCCAUCAUCCAGCACAUCACGUACAACGAGUUCCUGCCGAUCCUGCUCGGCAAGGAGGUGAUGGAGAAGUUCGGGCUGCUGACGCCGAAGGAGGGCUACUGGGAUGGGUACGACGAGACGAUCAACCCGGCCAUCAUCGACUCGUUCGCGUCGGCAGCGUUCCGGUUCGGUCACUCGCUCCUGCCGACCGCCGUCGAGCGCUGGUCGAAGGCGCACAAGUUCAUCGCCUCGAAGCGGCUGUCCGAUCUGAUCCGCCGGCCGUACGAUCUGUACCGGGCCGGUGUCUACGACGAGUACCUGAUGGGCCUGAUGAACCAGGUCGCCCAGGCCAUGGACGAUUCGAUCACGCAGGAGGUGACGAACCAUCUGUUCAAGAAGGAGGGCGCCCGCUUCGGUAUGGAUCUCGUCUCGUUCAACAUGCAGCGGGGCCGCGAGUUCGGUGUGCCCGGUUACAUGGAGUUCCGUAAGUUCUGCGGCCUGCCGACGUCCGACAGCUUCGAGGAGCUGUUUGGCUCGAUGCCGAACGAAACCGUGCGCCGCUACGAGAGCAUCUUCGAGCAUCCGGCGGACGUGGAUCUGUGGUCGGGUGGCGUGUCGGAGCGCUCGCUGCCGGGCUCGAUGCUCGGGCCGACCUUCGCCUGUAUCAUCGCGACCCAGUUCAGCUACGUGCGCCGGGGUGACCGGUUCUGGUACGAGCUACCGAACCAGCCGUCCUCGUUCACGCCCGAGCAGCUGCAGGAGAUCCGGAAGGCGAAGCUCGCCCGUCUCAUCUGCGACAACACCGACCUCAUCGAUACGGUCCAGAUCUACCCGAUGGUGCUGCCGGAUCAUGAAAUCAACCCACGAGUGCCAUGCAAGAGCGGUAUCCUGCCCUCAAUCGAUCUGAGCAAAUGGGCCGACUAUGGCCACGAAAACCACUCGCCACACCAGUAUCAAUUCCUGAACGACAUUCCGGAGACGAUCGGAUUCAAGUAAUUGAGCGGUAACGCCCGAGCUCAGCAGCAGCAGCAGCAUUAGCAGCAGCAACACAAACCAGGACGAGGGAGAAGAGGACGGAAG